AUGCAAGUAAACACUCUUUCAUUCAUUCAUUCAAGACUCUUCAUUUUAUUCUUUCCUCAGAAUGAAUUCUCUUCUCGCGACGUACGCAAUUUUCCCGCUUCUUUCUUCGCAUCAUUUACUAUCUAUGACAAACGUUUUUUACUCUCUCUCUCUCUCUCCCUUCCCGUCUGUCUAUCUAUCUAUAAAUCUAUCUAUCUAUCUAUCUAUCUCUUUGUCAAUAAACAUUUCAACCAAUCAAGAACAUCCUCCUUUCUUACUUCCUACGAUGAAGACAUCUCCUCCACAAUCGCCCACGUUGUUGCUGGUCUGCGCGUUCGUCGCCCGAGCCACGGUUCGUCAUUCGCGACGCUUUUCAUUCGGGAAAUUUUCGCCAUUUUUCUUCUUUUACCUGUCACUAUCGCUGGUGUUCGCCUUCAGCUGACCUAUUUAAGUCUGCCAGUAUUUAAGACAAUUCCUAUCUAUCUAUCUAUCUAUCUAUCUAUCUAUCUAUCUAUCUAUCUAUCUAUCUAUUUGGAAUUUCACUUUUGCUUCACUUAUAAUAGUUCAUUAUCUAUAUAUAAAUUCCGUCUAUCUAUCUAUCUAUCUAUCUAUCUAUCUAUCUAUCUAUUAUGGGAUCUUACCCAUAAUAACAUAAUGGACUAUCCCAUACGAACAGGACAAGAACACUAUCUCAGCCUGUGCAUUUAUUUAUAUCUAUCUAUCUCUCUAUCUCAUUCUGAUCAUUAUCUAUCUAUCUAUCUUUCUAUCUAUCUGCUUGGCUGGCUGGCUGUAUAUCUCUGUGCAUUUAUAUCUAUCUAUCUAUCUAUCUAUCUAUCUAUCUAUCUAUCUAUCUCAUCUGUGCAUUUCUUUCUUUCUAUCUAUCUAUCUAUCUAUCUAUCUCAGUCUUGGUAUAUAUAUAUAUCUCUAUAUACCUAUUUCAAUUUGUACAUUCCUUACUAUCUAUCUAUCUAUCUAUCUAUCUAUUUCAGUCUUGUUUGUGCAUUCCUUACUAUCUAUCUAUCUAUCUAUCUAUCUAUCUAUCUCAGUCUUGGUAUAUAUAUCUCUCUAUGUACCUAUUUCAGUUUGUGCAUUCCUUACUAUCUAUCUAUCUAUCUAUCUAUCUAUCUAAGUCUCUUCUUUAUCUAUCUAUCUAUCUAUCUAUAUUUAUUCCUAUCUAACCCAAUCUGA